CUUAUCCAGUUUUUGAUUUCACUGGUGCAAUCCAACCGUAUUCUUGGGGUGAAGAGGAAGAUCCCCCUGAUGUUGAACGACAGCAGUUCAGCACAUUCCAUGCCGAAAUACAGCCGCCAGUACUCCUUGGAGCACGUCCACGGCUCAUCCCCCUACGCAGCUUCUUCCCCGGCGUACAGCGGCUCCAACCUGUAUUCCCCGCAUUCUUCAGCCAACUCUGGUCCCAUUAUCUCCGACGUGACCGAGCUAGCCCAGUCCAGCCCUUCAGCAUCUCCCAGCGGCAGUCUCGACGAAAGGAGUAGUCCCAUGGUCCGUAUCAAAGAAGAACCCCCUAGUCCCUCCCGCAGCCCCAAGGUCGAGGAGGCCAGCCCGGGGAACCCUCCCGCUGAUGUCAAACCCCCUCUGUCCCCCUCCACCUUCAUCGACUCCAUCCUGCAGGAGAACAAACACCCGGCCCCUACGCCCCGGCCCGCCGGCGACGGCACCGCGCAGCCUCAGCCCCAGGAAAAGGCCCCCGCCUUUGCCUGCCUCGACAAGAACGAGCUCAAUGACCACCUGGACACCAUCGACUCCAACCUGGACAACCUCCAGACGAUGCUGACCACCCACGGCUUCAGCGUGGACACGAGCGCGCUGCUGGAC